AUGACGGUCAACGGGGCUGAAAACGCGCCGCAACAGCUAGAACCGAGAAACGGGGUCAAAGAAAAGAUGACAUACCACACAGACAGGAAAGAGACAGUUAGCUUUUCCCAAGAACGGACGGGAAGUGGAGAUCUGGAUAAGGAGCAGGGGAGACAGACGACUGGAGGCCAAACACAAAGAAGCCAGCACAGGAACUACAAGGAAGCCCUCAUGAGGCAGAGAGCAGACCCAGAUGACGGGACAAAGAAACAGGACAAAGAGAAGAAGGUGGACAAGAGAGUCUUAGUGGUAGGGGACACCAAUGCCUUCAAGAUAAAGAGAGCCACACUGAAGGUGGUAGAUUACGACAAGAAAGUUCACUUUGCAACUAAGCCGGGAGCACAACUGAGAGAGUCACUCGAGAGAGCAGAGAGGGAUGGGAAAAUAUGGAAUGCAGAGGCAGGAGUGGUGGUCAUACAUGCGGGAGUGACAGACGUGCAAGGCGAAGAAUCGGUGGAAGAAAUGGCAGCGGAGCUAGGGAAACGGCUUGAGGACUGGACCACGAGAGCCCCGAAACAUUCUUUUAUGGUGUAUGAAGUCCCAGAAAUCAAAGACAAGGGGGACCCACUUAAAGAGAGGUGCGCCAAGUGGAACAGGCUAUCAAGAGAGAUCAGCCAGCAGCUGGGACCGAGGGUGGAGGUGGUAAAGAACACAGGAACGGGAAACGACAUGGAAGAUGGCUGCUACAACAGAGAUGCGGCAAUUGAAGAGGGACAAGCACUGGGUAACAGACUAAAGAGUUUUUUAGGACUGAAAUGCAAGGGGAAAAGCGUGACACCGAUGAAAAGACGACAGGAAAGAAUGGAAGGCAGGCUGACUCUGGACCAGAGACUACAGCGACUCGAGGAACAACUCCAGAGGAUGUGUCCCCCACAGGGACAUGCCCACUAAGAAGAGAAAGUAGGUGGGAUGGUGCCUGCAAAAACACGAGAAGCGGAAAACACAAAAAGGCACCAGACCGGGAAAGAAGGAAAAACAGACGAGCAAAAAAGAAAAAGAGGGAAGUGAAGAUUGCCUUUUUAAACCUACAGGGAGGAAGGAAAGCAGGAAAAUGGGAAGAGGCCUUUCAGAUGUUACAAGAUGAUAAGAUUGGAAUGUUCGCAGUCACAGAAACCCACCUCAGAGAUGAAGAAAGACCCCCGGAUUGCGAAGGGCUUUUUUGGGAUGGGGUAAACAGAAAGGAC